CAGUCGUAAUUUCGAUACCGCACGCCCUUAAUUCCUCAUCGACUGUUACGAAAGUAGAUUCUUAGAGCAGUAGGGGGUGAAAUUAAUGUUUAAUAAAGCGACAUGAGCGACAGGAAGAAAGAAGAUGGAGAAAUUAAGGGUGAAAAAAGUAAGAAAUCGGGGAAAGCUUCGAUGGACUCUCAUCGAGAAUAUCUGGACAUGGAUACGGACGAGGAAGAAUUCGGCCGACAGGAGACCCCAGAGACCGUCGAAGAAAUACCCCCGGAGCCAGAGAAACCUGUUUUCAACGAGACCGAAUUGCGUACUUUGGUACAGUAUGUAAAGGAUCUGACGACACUUCGUUCCCUCAAAGAGUCCGACUGGAACGAGAAUUGUUGCAAGACCGUGGAAGAAUAUUUCCGCGAGCCAGGGAGAAAUGUACUGACGAUAUUUUAUCGGGAGAAUAUUCUGAUGGCCCUGCUGGAUUUUCCUACAUUCCCCGUAGAUGGUCUCACGUACUUCUGGAGGUCAUCCUGGCACAUUUACACCGUAGACAAUUUUCUCUCGACCGGAAUUUUUGGGAGCUUCAACGGAAACAUUGAAAACUCCAUGCUCAAGUUUUUGGAGAACCUUUACACCCCGGUAUUACUACGAGAGCAGAAAUGUCCACAAAUUAUCGAGGAUAAUCUUAAUACGACUUUACAUGGGCUUUUGAUGAGCUUGACCGACCUCGUGUACAUACCCAUGGACGUGACCGUCUUGUACAUACCCAGAGAAGGUUUGGAAGCACAGAGAUUUGAUUCGGUAAAGCCAACUGGAGAGGAGGAGGUCGGAAGAUGUGAAAUCGAGAAAAGAGAGUACAUCGCAAGAUUGGAGGUGAUAGUUUGCUAUUGGGUAAAGCAGAUCCACGAGGCAUUGGCAGUAAUUAUCGUUAGGCCAAAUCUCGGCGAUAUGACCGACGAAUUUCUCUUCUGGAACAGGAGAUAUAACAACUUGACGUGUCUUCAUUAUCAAUUAACCAACGCAAAUGUUCAGACAAUUAUUGAAAGGCUGAGGGACGUUCAGGCAACGUGCACGGAUAAAUUUCGACAUCUAACGAUGAAAGUACAAGGCGCCAUAAAUGAAGCUGCUUCGAAUAUAAAAUAUCUCAGCAUCUUGGUUGACGCUUGCCAGGAAUUCAGUCUUCCCAGCGAAAUAGAGAAAUACGUACCGAAGAUAGUGCAUUUGUUACAAUUUACUUGGUUAGAUUCACGUUUCUACGGAAAAAUGGAUAAAAUGGAAGCACUCUGUCAUUGCUUGAGCUCCCAAGUAGUGAAAAUCUGCCAAGACUACAUCGACUUGGAUUUAAUAUUCCAAGGCAAUGCCAGUAAGGGUAGAAGCGUUGCAGAAGAAUGCAUUUCUCAUUGCUGCACUUUCAAGAACAUAUAUCUAAGACUCGUGGCAAUUAACGAUGAAAUCAAUCCUGACAAAAAUUGGAACGUGGAUGAAAAAAUAGUUUUUCACCCCAUUGAUGCCUUUGUACAGAGAUGUCGGAAUGUCAUUGAAAUAUGUGAUGCUGCAAUUCUUUUUGGGAGGUACGGACGGGUAAAAAUAUUCAUUGGAGUGAAAGGUGUAGAGCACGAUGACUACUAUGGUAAUAUACGAGAAUUAUUUAACAAAAGUCUCCAGAAAAUCAGAAACGUCAAGAGCCUUAUAUUGGACAUCACGAAUUCUACCUGGCUCGAUUACAUGUGCAAAUUCAGACUAGACGUUGUGGAUUUCGAAAAUAUGCUUAAGAAUUUGAUCCACGACAUUUUCGAUAACAUCAAAACGGCCGAAGAAGGUGUCGAGUCCUUGUACGCCCUCAGAAAAUUUCGGCAGCGACGAUGCUUGCAGAAAGUUCUAAACGAUAAAUGGAUACAGAUUUGGAAAGCUGUCGAAAAUGAAAUCGAAUCCAUUGCUGUGGAAAUUAUCGAGGAUGCAGGACUUUAUCAUCCAUCGAUGCCGCGAUAUUCGGGCUGCAGCUCUACGCUUCGGUUCAAAAGAAAUUACAUAAAAAGACAAUGUGAGAUAAUGAUAGACGCCUCCGAUUGGCUAGGAGACUGGAGUGCUCAAGGGACAGUGCUGCACAAGUACAGGAAUGUUAAAGGUGUUCUAGACAUGAAGGAAAACGAGCUAUUUGAACUUUGGGAAAAGAAUACAGAAGGGACGAACGGUAUUUCUAUGGAGUUUGAUGAACCUCUUUUUCAACGCCGUGGUGAUCUGAUUCUCGUAAACGUAGAUGUAUUUAUUUUGGAAACGGUCAGAGAAGUAAGAGAGUGGAUCAUUCUACGAUACGAUGUGAAACAAAACAUGCGCAAACAAUUUCUUAAGUGGCCUUUAAUAAAAUCCCGAUACGACCAUGCAGGGGCAAUAUGCAUAUUGUUUAAUAGAAUUAAAAGAUGUUUUCAAAGUGAACAGGAUCCCUUGUGCACGGAACUUUUGAAAAAGAUUUAUAGAUCCGUAUCUCCUGGAUUUGAAAUAGUCACCUGGAAUUCCGAAUUCAUUGUCCGAUUCUGCACAGAGUGCAUUUCCGACGUGUUGAUGAUUAGAAAAGUGAUAUGUACGUAUAAACACGUGGAUCGAAAAGUGAAACGCUUGUUUAAAAAAAUAUCGACGAUAACGUUCAUUAAUCCGACGUUGAACGUGACAUAUGAUUUGGAAAAUUUCAAAAGAUAUCUAGACUCGGAAAGGAAUCAUAGUAACAGUAAGUUGACGGAGCAUUUCAAUGAUUUGUACAAAUUGUUGAUACAUUUACAAGAAUGUUUUGAGACGCACGAAGAAAAGAUCAUGGAUCACUGGGUGCAAUACGUGACAGAACUAGACUCAAUUUUGGAAAAAUUGAUCUUGUACAUGGUUCAUAGAUCCUUGCACCUUUCGAUGAAACUAUUUCACGGUGACGGUAUCACGAUAGCAAUGCCACUACUGAAUAUCUAUGCAAAUUAUUCCGACAAACAAAUAGUUUUUUCUCCAGACUUUGAGAAAAUACAGGAAGCGAUAACAUCAAUAUACGACAUGAUUCUAUCGUUGGCGUACUCUUUAACAGCUCCCAGUAAAUUUCUUAAUUUUGAAGUCGAUUCUUUCAAAAUUGAAGACAUCAUCACACGCGACAACACAUGUCGCACAUUGAAGGCAAAAUUACUUGAAGAAGUAGAACAUGUACGUAAAUUGGUCGAGAAAACCAUAACAUCCAGUGAAUGCUUUUUUGAGAUUUCUGCAAUAGAUACUCUUAUGGAUUCGCAAUUUUAUUCCGAUAACAAUGUGAUUGACCGAGCUUCUUUAGAAACUGAUAUGUUACGAUGCUCCAAUCUGAUUACCAAAGUCAAUUCAUUGACAGACGAAGUGCAAGUUCAUUUCAUAUCAAUCAACAUGACUGAAUUGAAACCAAAAUUACUGGAGAUCUGUGAGAAAUGGAAAGAAACAUUAUAUAUAGAAUUGAGUAAAGUUAUCGCACGUGACCAAACGUCCGAAUCAACUACACCAAUCAGUGUGGAAGAAAUAUCUCAAAACAUAUCGGAAAUAAGUGAAAGCAAUGGCAAGGAUUGAAAAUGUCUUUAAAUGAUCAAA